CGAAAGAUAUAGCAGAGAACACGAGAAGAGGAAGAAGUAUUCUCUCUGUCUACAUUUUUAAUGUCAAACGACGUUUGUUAAUACGAGAAGCGGGUUCUUCGGCAACGAGCUCACGCUGCAAACCCAAGCAAAAAAGCGAGCCAAACUACUACAGACGCUGGACGUUGAACAAACGCGCGCGCGCACCCCUCUCUCUCUCUCUCUGAAAGAUAGAACAAAUAUCUCAUUCUAGCCUCUUGUUUCUUUCGUAUUAACCUUUCGAACAAUGCGAUUGCUCUGAUUCUCUCCCUUUCUCUCAGAGGCGAUUCAUCUCUUUAUCUCUGUUAAGCGGCAAAACGAAGAAAAGGAAGAGAAUGGAAUCGCCAGACUCGUCUUGCGUUUCUUCUCCUGAGGUCGCGCCCAAGCGAUCCGCACCGCCGAAGUCCCCAUCUUCAGAUGAUAAAGAGAAGAAUACCUAUAUUAGAUUCCUUGCAUCAAAUGCGGCAGCUGGUUCUAUCAUUGGAAAGGGUGGCUCUACAAUUACUGAAUUUCAGUCACAGUCUGGGGCAAGGAUUCAAUUGUCACGAAGUCAUGAAUUUUUUCCAGGAACAUCUGACAGAAUAAUCAUGAUAUCUGGAGCAUUUGAUGAUGUAAUCAUGGCAAUGGAACUUAUUCUGGCCAAAUUGCUUAGUGAGGUGGUUCAAGCUGAAGAUAGUGAUGAUGUUGAUCCCAAGUCAAAAGUGAGGCUCAUUGUUCCAAAUAGCUCUUGUGGUGGCAUAAUUGGGAAAGGUGGAGCCACCAUAAAGUCAUUUAUUGAAGAUUCCCAGGCAGGAAUCAAGAUAUCCCCGCAGGAUCACAAUUUUAUUGGAUUGAAUGAUAGGCUAGUGACGCUGACAGGGUCUCUAGAGGAACAAAUGCGGGCAAUCUAUCUUGUUUUGUCCAAGUUAAUUGAAGAUGCUCAUUACUCACAAUCAACCAAUGGUCCAUUUUCAUACUCAGGUGUUAACUUCUCCAGUUUUCAUGGUAUUCCAUAUAUACAAUUGCUUCCUUCUGUUGGAACAGUAGCAUACAAUGCAGUACCAAAUGUGGCAGGAGGAAAAUUUCAGAAUAGCAAGGAAGACCGUGGCAACUCUGUGACAAUUGGUGUUGCAGAUGAACAUAUUGGAGUUGUUGUUGGUCGUGGGGGAAAGAAUAUAAUGGAAAUUAGUCAGGUCAGUGGUGCCAGAAUAAAGAUAUCAGACAGAGGUGAUUUUCUGUCUGGCACAUCCGACAGGAAAGUGACAAUCACAGGGUCACAGGGAGCAAUACGUGCCGCUGAAGCCAUGAUUAUGCAGAAGGUUGCUUCUGCCGCUGCGAGAUGAUGGAUGCUUCCUUCAAGGCCCAGUAGUUUCAACUCUUCUCUUCUAUUUUUGAUGGGAAUACAUUCCAUGGACACUAGACCUACUUAUGGUUCUUUUAGAUUAAUGACUUUGGGGAUUGUGCCCAUGUGUUAUUUACUCCUGAUAUUAGUUUGGAAUCUAUGGUGAGGGAAGCUAAAAAAGUUAAGGGGCAGGAGUUUUAAUUGUGCCAGGUUUGGAUUUCCUGUUUAGGUUUGAUUCUUUGUGGGAUUUUCUCUGUCUAGGGUAGGUAAAAACCUCUUUAUGUGUUACGGAAGGCAAGUUUGAUGAGAUUACAAUUAACGUUAUGUUUCAUGUUUAAUGGAGGCUGUUGUAACCAGUUUUCUUAACCAGUGUAACUGUUAGGACAUUUCUUCUGUAUACAAUUUGGAAAUUUUUAAAGUGAUAUAUAUUCGACCA